AUGGCUCCAUUACCUCCUGCAGAACUGCACUCGAGUCCUCUGGCCGACUUUUUCUGGAUCGCCGGUGUCGAUGGAGCGGAGAUAUUCGACAUCUUCUCGAAACUGGGGGAGGAAUACCACGCCAAUCAUGCCCAGCCAUUGCCGGUAACGGACACAAUCCAGGAAGAUGCAGAUGCGGAGGAGGAAAGCCUCCCGUCUGGGGAAUUCUCACAACCAACCUCGAAGCGGAAUUCGUGCCAUUGGCUCCCAAAACCCUCGGAUGAGGCGAGAUUGUCCUUACGCUCCGUGUCUUCGGAAACACCGAGUAAUUGGAGUAGCAUGACUAUCAAGGGCUCGCAAUCUCCGAAUGGCGCGUCCUUACUCAGUGAUGGUGACUUUGAUAGAGCAUUGUUGAAGUUUGCCGCUGAGAGAGACUCCUUUUUGUCAGAUCUGUCACUCGGUGCAGGCGCUUCUAUAUCCAACAAUCGGCCAAAACCUAGACCAAAGACGCAAAGGAUUGUGGCAGAGGAGAUCAAUACUUUGAAAUCAGGCAUUGGUAGUGUUCGCAGACACAUGUCCUUCAGAGACAUGAACAGCAUGAAAAGGCAGCCCUCCAUUGCGCGUCAAGCUUCUAUUCGCACCUCUAGACGACUAAGCAACUAUAAUUCAGUUAUCCCAGUGCCUCAGCCGCUUGACGUAUCUCCUAAUAUGCACCCGCUAAAGCGGAAGUUCGAACCUGUCCUCCUCGAUAGAUACCCGCCGAAAGGGGUCCCUGAUGACACCAAACAGAGAGGCAGUUUCCCUGAUUACGUCCCUAUGUUCGCAUUUCCUAACGAUAUCAAUAUCGUAUCUUCGGACCAGAGACCCCGCUCGAGCUGGCAUGGUUUCGCAAUGACAUCAGGAGAUGGAUCUAAACUGUAUGGGGUCUGCGUUACGAUUUGGAUUCCUCUCAGCCACAAAGCUGCAGAGGAAUUGGAGAAACGGUGUGAGGAGUGGAGACGGGACAACAUGACAGAUGAGGAGCGGGAGCUAGCCGCUAGCCUUGGUGAGCGUCUUGCGAUGGAAAGAGCAAGGCUGUCCAGGUUACUUGCUCAACUCCCUUCGGUCCCGUCAGGCUCAGCUUCCAGAGACCAGCUUGAAGAUGAGAUAAGUUCGGUGGAGGAGAAGAUUGGGUUGAUGGCCGACCUCCUUCGCCCAGUUCGACUGGGUGCUGCAACCAAAAUCGACGGUCUAACCGACGGGGAUACCGGGUUUUGGAUACCCAGAGCAUACGGGAUAUUAGGAAAGGAUGGAUCCAUGACAAGUUUCUGGAAAGAAUGGCUACGAGCCGUUGUCGUCCCCAUGACAGAUGGUGCGAUCCAAAGGGUCCCUGCCAGUUCUCCCCGGGUUGGUAGGUGGCAACCGUUGGAGCGUUAUAUUGUCAACCUGUGCACAGAAGCCUUCAGCCCUCUAUCUUCGAAAACUCAGGUUGAGCUUUCAGUGCGGGAACUACGACUUUUCGCAAGGAAAGAAGCGGCUAAUGAAUUGCCCGGCUCUCGAAAUACCGACCUAUAUGCGCUCUUCCGGUGUCUUUCAAUCUCGAACAUAAUUAUUUUGUUUGAAUACGUUCUUGCUGAAUCUCGAAUCAUUCUUCUGUCAUCCCAUGCUGCUAUGUUGCACCUAGCUAGUAAAGCUCUCGUUGAUCUCCUAUUCCCAUUCCAGUGGACAGGUGUUUUUAUCCCCAUUCUCCCUGCUCGGCUUAUCCAAGUCCUUGAGGCACCUUGCCCCUAUAUUGUGGGAAUUGAACGCAGAUACGAAAAGGCCGAACUUCCUUCUGAUGACUUUGUGCUCGUGGACCUCGACCAGAACGAGAUCGAGAGCACCGCACGACCCACUCCACUACCCCGCCAUCAUCGUCGAAAACUCCAGUCGCUUCUCCAACUAGCAGCGCCUCUGCAUCAUCGAUACGGAGUCCAUCCUGGGCCACCAUGUUACGCAAUUGAAACAUAUCCGUUCGACUCGUUUCCUGGAGAAAACCAAUCGAUAUUUUCACCCAGAGCGAUGUCCACUCAACUCGAUAAAUACGUCAGCCUUAAUUCCACGGCGUUCGGACAAGACGCCACCGUCAUUCCACCUCCACCAAAUUUUAAUGUGUUUUUGAACGCCCGCAAUGAUGUGGCCCUCUCCAGGGGUCAAGGCCGAUCAAUGACAAGCUCAACCUCCAAAGUUUGCACUCCACCCUCCCCUAAGAAUUCAGGUGGUUCUCCGACCUCGACUAAAUUUUCCCCAUUACCCCCAACCCCUGUAUCUCGCAACGACUCGGGAUUUGCUCUUCAAUCCUCCUUGCGGGAGAAAAGGUCUGGCCAUUUCGAUGCCUCCUCCCGAAGAAGCUAUUCUUUUGGAGACAGAAGGCCAGGGUUACCCAGAAGACCUAGCGCUCCAUUCCUCGGGCACACCUCCAAUUUAUCUGUCUCAACACUAAAUACUGACACGGGAACUUCUGUUUAUGCAGCAUCCAUAUAUGCCCAGUCCACGUUAGCUGCGUCGACUAUAAUGCCACAAUCGUCUCAACAAGCGCUGCGAAAUCCAGUUGGCAGUACUCUGGUCGAAGGGCACUGUCUACAGCUACAACCAUGGGAUGACAAAACUUCCUGUUCGAUAUGCGAUGAGAAAGCAGAAGAAGGCAUGUACAAAUGUUCAGCUUGUGGGACAAUUGUUCAUACCCGUUGCGCAUCCCAGAUUUCAUUGGUGUGUCCUGUCGCAUUCUACCCUGAACAAGUUAGGGCAGCUUUUGUUCGGUGCUUCGCGAGCCUGUUGUAUACAUAUAAGAAGUUUCUCCAACCAGCAUCUGGUGAUAAGAAGAAGGCCGGCUUGACUUACGAUUUCAACAUGGAUGCAUUUCUCAAAAGCUUGCCUCACGAGCACGCAGAAUACAUGACAAUACUACAGCAGACGCAAGCUUUUAACGAGUUUAUCAGUGAACGGGAGAGGGCAACCCCUUCAUACAAAGAUCCCCGAAUCACCCUGUUCGACGAGAUUAUCCUAUCAAAGCGCAAUCGGGGGCGGACAUCAGUAUUCUCGGGGCGCAUGACGACAAAUUUCUUAUCGGACACGUCAGAUCAUCUCUGGUGGUCAGCAAGUGCAACUGCUCCACCCAGCAGCCGACAUCAACCCACCUAUCCAAGCGAUUGGAAGAACAUCGUUACAAGAACUCCUGCAAAACUAGAUCCGAACUAUAUGAAAGAACCGCGCAUGAUCCAAGGAGAGCCUCGAAUAAAUAAAACCGCAAACAAUGCGAGAAGAAAACCAGUCGCUACGGUUCCAAACACAUAG